CCCCGCUCGCCUCCUCCACGCGCCACGCGCGCCGCGCCGAAAUGUCCUCGCUCGCCCGCUGCGUGCACCGCUCCUUCCGGCGCGUCGAGGCGUGUGCCGAGUGGAGCAUCGGCGCCGCGGGCCCCGUCUUCGUCGCCCUCUGCGCCGCCCUCGUCGCGCUCGGCGCAUGGACCUUCUUCGUCGGCGUCCUGCCGGGCGUCGCGCCGCUGCCGCACGCCCUCACGCGCCUGCUGCGCACGCGCAGCAGCCUGCACAUCCUCCUCGGCCUGCCCGGCGUGGUGCUUGCCGAGCCGCUGGCGCUGCUGCGAUGCCUCGGCGCCAGCACGGCGUGCGCAUACAUCAUCACCAGCAUUGCCGUGCACUACCUGCACGCCAUCCGCGAGGUGCCCGGCUCUGUCCUCACGGGCCUCAGCGAGGCGCGACACGAGCGUCGCCUCGGCCCCGGCUCGGAUGCCUGGUGGCUUCGCAAACGGCGCGACGCGGCUCGCGCCAGUGCCGCCUUCUCCCCCGCCGCCAGCGCCAGCGCAGCGCAGCCGCUCCUGCACGCGGAGCAGCAUCGUCUGGACGACGCCAUCGAGGGCGACGAUCUGUGGCCGACGAGCAAGAUGUGCAUGAAAUGCCCGCCCGUCAUGCUCUGGCAGGCUCUGGCCGCCUUGCCUCCUCAGCUGCGAGCCAUCGAGCUGGACGUGCGGCGUACUCUGCGCUCUGCCUCCUCCGCGCCCUCCUCGCUCGCCGCCUCUUCGCCCGCCUCCUCCGCUCGCCUGCAACAGCAGCAGCAGCAGGAUCUGCCGGAGCAAGUGCGGGGCGACACGGCAGACGAAAUCAGAGAGGCGUUGGGAGAGGAAGCGUACAAGCUGGUGCCGCCGCCAAAGCCGGAGCGCGCGCAUCAUUGCAGGACCUGCGGCACUUGUGCGCUGAAAUACGACCAUCAUUGUCCCUGGCUGAAUGCCUGCGUCGGACUGGGCAACGAGCGACACUUCGUCCUCUUCAUGCUCUGGCUUGCCUUUGGAAUGGGCGUCGUGGUAUGCACGAGCUAUCCGCUGUUGAAGAGAAGUUUUGCGCUUUCGACGCCGUGGGACCAACCAUACGUGCCUCGAUUCCUGCCUCUCCUGACAUUCGUCUUGUGCGCCAUCAUGGGCUUCGCACUUGCCAUCAUGGCCGCCUGGCAGCUGUUGUUGAUCGCCAAAGGCGAGACGAGCGUCGAGGCGAAUGACAAUUCGCAUUAUCGCGAGCUGGCCAAGAGGAGAGGACGAGCGGCGUUCGUCAAUGUCUACGAUGUGGGCCGCACGACGAAUCUGCGCGUCUUCUUCAAUGCAGGCCAAGACAUGCGGCACUCUUGGUGGAGCGUGCUUUCGUUGCGAAGAAUCGAGCCGUACGGCGAUGGAUGGCACUGGCCCAAGCGGCUGGGAAUGGGUGGCCGGCAUGAAGGCAUCAAGCAGGAGGAAGAGCUGACGGACGACGAAGAAGAGCCAGAGGAGAGACUGGAGAAGGAAGAACACCUGCAUGUAGGCCCUAGCUUGACGCUAUAGUGCGUCAAGUCGAGCGGCGCCUCCCUUGCGCCACGCCACAGAACUCUUGCCGCACGCUUGCACGGCAUUUGGCGCCUACCGUCCCUACCGUCCCUCCGGCAGCCACGCCGCAGCAGAGCAAGAGCUAAAAAUAGAUACCCGAUGUUGCUUUUGGGGGUUCGCUCGGGUGAGGGGGACACGAGGAAGAUGCACGCCGGCCGAGACGGAAGACCGGACGAAAAAUAUGCGCCGACGUCGUGCAGAUCGGGGCUUGGCUUGCCUCCCUCUCUCCCGCGCUCGCGUCUCGACUUCGAUGUGUCUCGGUCCCACCCUUUCUCUCCUCUCGCAGCGAGCAGCGAGAUGCAAAUGACGUGCAUGCUAUUCCAGCAGAUA